AUGGACAUAAGAUAUCCGAAUUCUCUUUACAUGAAGCAAGAAGCUGUUAAACCUCCUGGCGGAACUCACCCGCACAAAACCGGCCAACCCAUGUUUAAGAUACGCCUGCUCUGCUUUGGCACCAUGUUAAGCUUGAAAGAAGUAUCAUUAUCGAAAAUCCGCAUACAAGGAAAGAGUGCUCAUGGCCCUCGGUCAUCUCUUAACAAGAUUUCCAAUGCAACUCUGCAUUUGCUUGGACCCUCAUAA